GAUUUUCAAGCCUGCUGAAUUUUUAUUUUAUUUUAAAGAAUAUCCAAACAUGUCUCAAACAUUUUUAUUGGAGCCCGACAUAAUAGCAGCAGCAGAAAAUGUUAUGCCAGAUCUCAAUAACGAUUUGGUGUUGGCGAAAAAUUUCCUGAAACAGCAAUGUGCGGCUACCGGCGAUACUUUAUACGAUCACCUCGUCGAUGUAGUCCACAAGAUCCUGUCACAAAAGCCGCCAGAUGUGGUGGACCAGUUUGAGCAGUACUCCUGGGAGGUGAAGCAGGAGAAGUUCCGGCCCAACUUCGACUUACUCAACGAUAUCUACCUCUCACCUCCACAGCUGCAACUUGUAAGAAGAGUGGAAGAGAUGUUCCAGCUAGUGGCAAGCAAAUCGCUAAGAUUGGAAGAAGUGGGGGAGGAGCAGGAGCUGGACCUGGAGGAAGAAUCCGUGAAGCCGAGGAUCGCGGACCUCAUCGAGCAUAACUAUUACUUUCGAGAGGGUGGUUACGGAUUGCCGGACAGCGAGUGUUACGCGCUGUACGUCGCACUCAACAUGCUCGCCAUCAAGGAGCCCGUUGCUGCUGUUAGAUUCUUCGGAAAGAUUUUCGGGACCAGGAUGAACUACUAUGUGGCUGAAGCUGAUCUAACCAUAGAAGAAUUAGACCGAAGAAUUCGGGAGUUCGAAAUGAAAGACAUGCCAGGUGAGGGAGAAGAGAACGAAGAUCGCGACCAGGAAGCAGCUGCUGAUGAAGAAGAAAAGGAAAUGGCGGGCGAAGGCGAAGUUAAAGAGGAAAAGCCGAAAGAACCAGUUCCACCUAAAUUGCCUCCCAUCCCUGUCUCCACCUGGCAGCCUCCCGCUCCUAUACCUGUUGAGAGACCAGGCCAAGGGGUUAAUAAAAAGGUAUAUUACGUGUGCAACCUACCAGGGGAACCGUGGAUCGGUCUGCCGGAUGUUACACCAGCGCAAAUAAGAGUCGCCCGGCUCACUGUGCGGUGCAUGACUGGAGAUCUGGAUGCUGAGGUGCUGACAUUCCCGCCCUUCGAAGGUACAGAACGCAACUACCUACGAGCUCAGAUCGCGCGUAUCGCGGCUUCAACGUCCAUAUCACCUCAGGGCUUCUAUACAUUCGGGUCGGGAGAGGAAGAGGAAGACAUUGAUUUGGAGGAAGGAGCAGGGGACCUGGUUUUCAACCCCAACCCAUUUUACCAGGGGCAUACGUUGAAGGAUCUCCUCGACCCAAACUUGACGUAUUGGGUGCACCACGGAAGAUACAUCCUGAAGCAGGGCAGGACCCUAUGGUGGAACCCCAACGCUGUUAUGGAGGAAGGUGUCGAAGAGGAAGAAGACGAGGGUCCUCCGCCAAUACCGCCAGAAUCAGGACCUGCUCUAUUCACCCCUCUAUCCGAAGACGUUCGUAUCGAGGGUCUGAACUCGUGGAGUGCGAGAGUCAGUUCGACGCUGAUGCCAGACCGUGCGGUCGCCGUGCUGAGGAGCAACAUAUGGCCUGGUGCUGUGGCUUACUCUACUUCUGGGAAAAAGUCAGAGUGCCUCUACGUGGGUUGGGGUCUAAAGUUCCAGCCGCCCAACUUCUCGCCGGUGCAACUGCCGCGACCGCAGGAUGAGUACGUCAUCGGGCCUGAGGUCAUGGAAAUGGCUGACCCGACGUUCGCUGACGAAGAAGCAUAUCGCAUCGCCCACCUGCCCCCGCCUCCUCCACCAGAGCAGCUUGGAGAGGGAGAAGGCUUCCCGCUUGAAGAAGAGGAAGAAGAUUAAACUGUUCCAUUUCAUUAACUAUGCUGUAUAGUUUACUGUAUUAAUUAAAUAAUACUUUUCUAAA